AUGCCGUACAGUCCUCGAGCAUCGGAGCUUGAUGUAUGGACUCUAAGCCAGGAGCUCGUCCAGGGCUUGACUAUUGCCGCGCUCAUCUUCGCUCUCAUCAUCGUUCUGCUAGUUUGUUCCGAUCGGCUGUCCGACGCUCUUCAAGUCGACUCGAGGCCCGCCGCCGACCAAUCUGAACCUCUGGAAUUGACGAACUUCUUCAACGCUGAGUUCUAUGGGAAUAUAAAGAUUGGAACUCCAGGGCAGACCUUCAAGGUCGUGUAUGACACGGGAUCUUCCACACUGUGGGUACCUGGACGAAGGUGUCGCAGCGCUGCUUGUCGACGCCACAAGCGCUUUGUCGAGUCGCUGUCGACCACCGCGCACCUCGUGCAUAGUAUGCGCAGCAGUGACGAUUCCAAAUUGUUUCCGAUUCGUUAUGGUACUGGCAAUGUCAAGCUUCAGCGUGAAACUGACAAGAUUGAGAUUGACAAUGUAACAAUGAGGGAAGUGACCUUCGGCGUUAGUGUGGGAGAGAGUCGCUUCCCGUUUGCUAUGUCGCCAGCGGACGAUUGGGCUUCACCCUACCCAUAG